AUGGGCUUGACCAUCAUCACCGUGCUCUCGAAGAUCGCAUCUGCAGCGCUCAUCCUACCCAUAUCGGAGGCCAUCGGCCAGCUAAAGUGGACAUGGUUCCACGGGAAGAACUCCAGAGAUCCUUUCGACUUCGAGAUCUUUGAUAAAGCAUCACGUGGCGCGUGGGGAUCCUUCAUGCUCUUAUGCCGCACCAAGGGCAAGUCGCUCGCUGCUCUGGGUGCACUCAUAACAGUCCUACUACUGGCGAUUGACACGUUCUUCCAGCAAGUGACAGAUCUUUCAGAGCGCUGGAAACUGCAGGGCGAAAGCUACAUUCCACGUGUCGUCCGAUAUGAGCCUAUCAUGGAGUUCCUCUACGACACAAGUUUUGACAACAACAAUCCAUCGUCGAUAGUGAAUACCGAUCUUAAAACAGCGUUGGCCCCCUUCUUCUACGACAAGAACGGCACUUCGCCCCUUAAGAUUGGAAACGCUACCCAGGCCCAGAUACCACUGGGAUGCCCUACCAGCAAUUGCGAGUGGCCGCCUUACGAGACUUUGGCGGUUUGUAGCGCUUGUGAGGACAUAUCGCAUCUGCUCGAGUACGCUUGUCUCAACAUGGGAAUGGACUGGAUCAAGAAUUCGACUGGCCCUAAAAGGAAAGAACCCUAUCCUAUAGGCACUGCUUGCGGCUACUUCCUAAACGCUACCAGUGAAGACCCCGUCCUCAUGUCAGGCUUUCGCGUUGAGAAUGGCACCGACUCGUUGCAUGGAGAGACCCUCCUCAUGCGAACACUACCGCUAGUUACGAACCCUUCCAGGCAUUCACUCUACGGGGGGACCAUAAACUUCAAACACAUACAGUACCCUAUAUUGGACGCGCUGAUCGUCAGUUCUUUUGACGGUACUGCGGACAGCGUUCAUGCGAAGAAACCUCCAGUCGCCCAAGAGUGUAUGCUGUCAUGGUGCGUCGAAACGCUUCACUCGUCGUAUGCGUCGGGAGACUAUAAGGAACAAGUGGUCGAUACCUUUAUGAAUACUACGAGUGCGGAAUGGCCAUGGUGGUCUUAUGACAUCUACGAGCAGCAGACGACCUUUACCGAGUUCCGAUCAAACAUCAGCAUACAUCCCCCAUCUCAAGACAACAGCGCCAUCCCUUUCGGUGUUUCGAACGACACAGUUAUCGACCUAGCUCUCAUUCUCGACGAGAUAUUCCCUUCCUUCAUCACAGUCGCCAACGCGACAGCGCCGCCCUUUGUGAAGAUCAGGACUGCCGCUAUCGAUAACGUCUUUUCCCGUCUUGUUCGCUUCAGCCCUUGGCUCGCUCCCAAUAAUGUCACCCUUCACAUGCAAAAAAUGGCCCGGACACUCACCAACGUAAUGCGGUCAGACAUAAAUUCUAAUGAACUUGUCGUUGGGGACGCGCGGGUCUUGGAGACGUAUGUCGCAGUUCAUUGGCCGUGGCUCAUCUUUCCUUUGAUCAUGUUACUCUUGAGCAUUGUUUUCCUGGUCGCCACCAUGCUGAAGACUUCCAGCGUUGAUCACGGCGACAUCGGCAUGUGGAAGACUUCGGCAAUGCCGACAUUGAUGUAUGGUCUGCCACAAGACAUGCAGAAGGACGUUAUCUCCUCCUCCACAAGGUCUGGAGGAGGAUCUGACAAAGGUUCUCGCAAAGUACGGAUUAAACUCUUGCCAAAGCAAGGCUGGAGAGUAUCUGGGCAUGUACAUUCAGCGGCGAAGGCCCCUCCGGGUUUCAUAUAG